CGGACUCCGGAGUUCCGACUGCGUUUUUUCGAUCAAACGGAUCUACUAUAUGUCGCGGGUGACAUCGCGCCUGACGUCAAUCGCGCGUCAUUCGAUGGCGACUGCCGGACGGAGGGAGCGUCCUAAUAACCUAUUCAAUGAAACUUGUGUGACAACUUUCUUCUGUACCUGUGAUCGAUCUCGAGUUUCUUUAUCGACCGAUAGUUGUAAUGAGCAUUCCCGUGUUCCUGACGAUAUUCUUUACCGACUGUGGAUCUGAACUAUUAAUUGCGCGGGAAACCCAAGGGGAAAGCUGUAAUGGCUGCCAUCGGUAAACACGGCGCGAGGACAAUAAGCGGACUGCAAUCACGGUUUUGCGAUCUCCUCGUCUCGGAUCAGCACUGACGGAUGCGCGUGUGUGCAUUGUCGGCCUGUGUCGGCCAUUACGAAUCCGUUCCCGCAGACGCGUCGUUGUGCUCUCGAAGGUGUAAAUUUUCGGCGGAUAUCUCAUAGCACGAGGGAAGCAGAAACUCUGCUGAAAUCGAUUGAUCGGGGAUCCGGAUCUUAUUGAACAUGGACAUGGACAGAUCGAGCAACGGCGAGUACAAGUAUCAGAGAGAGGAGGAUGCCGACGAGAAACCCAGAAUGCUGGACGAGGGUGACGACAAGGACCCUCAGGUCGACAAAGCCGGCGAGUAUAUGCAGGAGCUCUUGCAGGAGAAGGUCGAGCUAGACGGUCAGAAAUGGCCCAACGCUGUACGAUUACUGGAUCAGGAAAUUCAAAAAACGGAGACUAUGCGCAGACCAAUGAGAGAGUCAAAAUAUGUGGACAUUUAUCGUGAAAAACCAGUUCGUGUUUCUGUCAAAGUUCUGGUACCUGUUCGUGAACAUCCCAAGUUUAAUUUUGUAGGAAAAUUGUUGGGGCCGAAAGGCAAUUCUAUGAAGCGCUUGCAAGAAGAAACAAUGUGCAAGAUGGCAGUAUUAGGUAGAGGAUCGAUGAAAGAUAAGCAAAAAGAAGAAGAACUUCGUGCUUCCUUGAAUUUGAAAUAUGCACAUCUUGCCGAUGAUCUACACGUAGAGAUUACAGCUCUUGCCCCACCAGCGGAAGCUUAUGCACGUAUUGCUUUCGCUCUCGCCGAAGUGCGGAAAUACUUGAUUCCUGACAACAAUGAUAAUAUACGUCAAGAACAAAUGCGCGAAAUGGAGAUGAGCGGAUCCGAUGAAAAUGUUUCGAAUGAUCGGAGAGGACCUUCGAUGAGAGGACCUUCGAAUCUUGGUAAUGUACCAAGACCCGUUGGGAGGCAGACAUUACCUAGAAUGGGAUCUAGAGGUGUUCUUCCUCCACCUGUAAAUCGUGGGCCACCCACUAGACCAGCACCAAACAAAUCGAAGGUAUUCUCGAUCUUAGAUCGUGCAAGAGCUGCUAUGGAUCAAAGUUACAACUUUGAUACUCAGACUCCUCCACCAACAAACCGUGCUGCAUCGCAUCAUGAUUAUGAUUAUCACGGAUCAUCUGGUAGUAACGCUCGAUAUGGUGAUCGUCAUUAUACAUCGAAUUCUGGAUACACGACUUAUGAGUACGAUGAUGAUUCUGCGCCACAUUCAUCACGUGAUUAUUACGAAUCUUCAGAUUAUCCAGAGGAAUCGUCGAGCCGCGCUUGGAAAUCUUACAAGACCACAACGACGUCAGGCGCAGCCUCGCGCUACCGCACCACCCCAUAUACACGACCUUCCAAUAUUAUUGCUAAUCCAUUGGCAAGUAAUCUUCCUAAUGCACGGCGGCCUACGAUGCCCACUAUGCAGAAACCGGUAAACGAAAGAAAUCGUUCUUAAUCGGUCAGUGACACGAAGGCUAACACGGUAAUGAUGCGCAAAUAUUGUGUUAUCCUAACGAUUAAAACAGAUAACAUUAAUAAAAAUUUCCUAUUCUAAGAAAGACUUAUUCUCGUUUAAUUUCUUUUCUAAAAAUUUAAUAAAACUUUAAUGAAAUAUAAUAUUUAUACUGUUUAUCUUGCUCUAUUUGUAGUGUCUAUUUUUUAUAAAUCCUGUAUUUGAAUUUUAUUUUAAUUUUUUUUAUAAUGAAUUAAAUAAUUUUCAGAUUAUUUUUCGCGGCCACUGGAUAAACAGGAACAUAUAAACUAACCCACAAUUAAAAAAUAUCCAACAUAAACUUUACAGAUCAGUCAAACUUCAAUAUUCAACGACAAACACGAUAUAAGUUUAUUCUUUUGAAAAAAUUGCUCAAUUGCUUCAUAUUAUAAUUUCAAUUCAGUGAACCUAAUUUUCUAUAAAACAAUUCCGUUUUCCAAAUCCUUUUCCUAAAAUUUUUGACUACGGAUGGAUUUAAUUAUUGACAAGAAGGACCAAGAGGAUCGAAGGAAUAAUUCAAAGUAAAAAUAGCUUUGAAUAAACAUUUAAGAUUGCAUAAAAUAAGAGUUUUGAAUUUAAUAAUAAUAUACUCAAUAUUAUAUAUACAAGUUAAGUCUGAAUUAGAGGCUAAAGGAUUUUUAUUUUUUACUUUUUUUGUACUCAAUGUUUUUUUUUUAAUGAUGUGAAAAUAAAUUAAACGAGACAUUAAAAAAGAAAAAUCUAAUAUUAAAUUUUCUGACUUCGAUACUUGAAUGAAAUAUUAAAAUAAUAUUGCAUUGUAAAUAGAACAAUUUAAAUGACUUAUAUUACAUACAAUGCAAACUAAAAUUAUAAAUUGAUAAAUCAAUAAUAAGUUUACAUAUGAAUGUGCCAUUAUUGAUGACAAUUGUUUAUAUUAUUUGCUUAACUUGCACAGCCUCUAUUCAUUAAAAUUAAAAUGUUUAACAUUUAGACUUACAAAAAAAUAUUAAUAAUCUGUAUUAUCUAUUAUGUAGAAACGAUACAAGAUUAUGUUAAACUAUAUUAUUAUAUAUAAAUCUAAUAAUUUCCAAUAUAUGAUUAUCUAAAAUGUAUAGACUGUAAUUCAUUAAAUUUGUCAUUAAAAUAAUAUGUAACAUGUAAUCUUCAAAAAUUGAAAUAAAUAUAAAAUAAUAAUAUCAAACAA